AUGGAGCCCAAGGCAGGAGAUGCAGUGGCCUCUUCCUCGGCCACUUCAAACAAGCCUGUCGUCUGUGUCUUCUGUGGUGCAUCUGGCGGCAACUCACCUGCUCACCUUGCCGCCGCUCGCGAAUUAGCCAAGGCCCUCCAUGACAACAACAUGAAACUGGUUUAUGGCGGCGGCACCGUUGGCAUCAUGGGCGAGGUUGCAAAGACGCUCGUCUCCUUGGCCGGUCCCGACGCUGUCCACGGCAUCAUCCCCGAAGCCCUUGUCAAGUACGAACGCGAUUACAAGGAGGGCGCCCCUCUGGACUCUGUUAUCGACGAGUCUACCUUCGGCCGUACCACUGUAGUUGCAGACAUGCACUCGCGGAAGCAGGCUAUGGCCCGUGAGGUCAUCGACGGCGGCGAGGGCGGCGGUUUCGUCGCACUGAGCGGUGGUUAUGGAACCAUGGAAGAGCUUAUGGAGGUCACAACUUGGAACCAGCUGGGCAUCCAUGCUCGCGGUGUCGUCGUCUUCAACGUCGAAGGUUACUACGAUGGCCUGCUGCAGUGGGUGCGUACCGCCGUCAAGAGCGGUUUCAUCGCCAACAACAACUCAAGCAUCAUGAUCGAAGCCAAGACCGGCGAACAAUGUGUGCAGGAGCUGAAGAACUACCAGAAUGCAGAGGGUAGAAUGAAGCUGAACUGGCAUCAGAAAUGA